CGAGUCCAGACUCCCCCGGAGGGGCGGGGCGGAGUCCAGAGGAGGAGGAAGAGGAAGAGGAGGAAGAGGCAAGAUGGCGGAGGCCUCCCCGCAGCCCGGGCGUUAUUUCUGCCACUGCUGCUCGGCCGAGAUCGCGCCGCGUCUCCCGGAUUACAUCUGCCCCAGGUGCGAAUCUGGUUUCAUUGAAGAGCUGCCAGAAGAGCCGAGGAAUGUUGAAAACGGGUCCAGCUCCUCUGCCUCCACCAGCGACCAGAGCAGGCAUCCGUUCGAGAACGUGGAUCAGCACUUGUUCACCCUGCCGCAGGGCUACGGCCAGUUUGCCUUUGGGAUUAUCGACGACAGCUUCGAGUUCCCCUCUUUUGGGUCCAACACGGCAACGGAAGACAACCGGGAGGCCGAGAACCGGCGGUCAGAACGAGAGCACCAGUCCCGGCACAGAUACGGCGCUCGGCAGCCCCGAGCCCGUUUCACCACCCGACGGGCGGGUGGGCGGCACGAGGGUGUCCCCACUCUAGAAGGGAUCAUCCAGCAGCUGGUCAAUGGGAUCAUUGCACCGACCACGAUACCAAACCUGGGAGUGGGUCCAUGGGGGAUCUUGCAUUCGAAUCCCAUGGACUACGCCUGGGGGGCCAACGGCUUGGAUGCCAUUAUCACUCAGCUGCUGAACCAAUUUGAGAACACCGGGCCCCCUCCGGCCGACAAGGAGAAGAUCCAGGCCCUCCCCACCAUCCACAUCACGGAGGAACACGUGGAUUCUGGGCUGGAAUGCCCUGUCUGUAAGGAAGAUUAUGAGGCGGGCGAGAGUGUCCGGCAGCUGCCCUGCAACCACCUCUUCCACGAUGGAUGCAUCGUUCCCUGGUUAGAACAGCAUGACACGUGUCCCGUCUGUCGGAAGAGCUUAAGCGGCCAGAACACAGCCACAAACCCGCCUGGACUCUCGGCCAUGAAUUUCGCGUCGUCUUCAUCGUCCUCGUCCUCAUCCUCUUCCUCCUCCAGUUCCCCAAGUAACGAAAACUCUGCAAACAACUCAUGAACCGUUUAGAGAACCCAA